AUGUCUUUAGUCGCUUAUGCCAGUAGUGAUGACAGCGAUGGUGAAGGAACGUCGAGCAAACAAGGUACCGGGGGGCUUUUCUCACUUUUGCCAGCCCCCAAAAAAGCUUCUACGGCGGACAGUAGUUUCUCAGGUCUGCCCAAGCCCAAGAAGCGCACAGGGCCAGUGAAGAUUGGCAUACCACAGAAUGCUGACUCAGAUGAUGAGGAACCAGAAAAGAAAAAAAUCCAACCCAAGCAGGCCACAGGUAGUGGUCUGUCCUCUCUCCUGCCGCAACCCAAAAACCUAAACGUGAAAGCGACCGACAGACCUUUGAUUCCUCACACACUGACCAAGCGGCCAGAAUCAAAUGCAUCCCCUUCCGCCAUUAAAGCGGCGGCCAAGUCAGCGGCGCGGCAGCUGGCCAGACAGAUCGUAGCUAAUGACGAGCACGAGGAGGACAUCUCGCCGCAGAAUUACUUCUCAUUAGGCGAGACCCCAGAGCCCCCGGCGCCGACCGUCCUUCCGAGUCCUGAACCCGAGCCUGUUGCCGCCGUUGUAGAGACGCUUCCCGCGCCUCUACCGCCGCCGCUUCCUCCGCCGCCACCCGGCGAUGAGUCAGGCCAGUCAGACGCCCCCCUCGAUUUCGGUGGAGGUCAGGAUGGACCCGUUGCGUGGGGAAACCAAUAUCCGCAAUAUCAGCAACCGAUGGCGGGACCGGAAUCUUACCCUGAAGGAUACGAUAAUAACGAAGCAUAUUACCAAGAUCCAAGCCCUGGCUUGCCUGAUGACGAAGAACCCGGUAACUCGGCCAUGUUUGAUGACGAAGCGUUCAUGCGACUUCAGGGCAAAAGGAACCGGGGCAAAGAGGAGGUGAAAUUCCUGGAGAUUAAGGGUGAUGACCAGUUGAGUGGCCACCAACAGUGGCUCACUAAGAGCAUUUCUGAGGAGAAGAAGGCCCAUGGAUCCUUUAGCAAGAAAAGGGGAGGAAUGCCCACUGGACAGCAAAGGCGCAAGCACCAGAUUACAUAUCUCAUCCACCAGGCGAAAGAACGCGAGCUGGAGCUGAAAAACACCUGGGCAGAAAACAGGAUGACCCGCCGGCAAACACAGGCCAAAUAUGGCUUCUGA